UUGUAUUCAGGGUCGUCAACAACCAUCGUUAUGCCGUGUAUAAUUCGCGGUGUCGUUCCAUUAAAAGAGCAUAUCGAUAUUGGAAUUUUCUACUACAUUUACAUGGGAAUGAUGGCAAAUAUGUGUUUCAGGUAUCCAGCACGGAUCUUCGUCGGUGAUACAUUUUGUUACUGGGCGGGCAUGACGCUGGCAACUACCUGUAUCAUUGGUCAUUUUAGUAAAACAAUGGCUCUUUUCUGGAUUCCACAGGCAAGAAUUUAUCCAGCGGUACCACGGUUUACUGUUUUUCGCCGGAAAGGUGUCAUGAUGGACAUCAAAUCCUUGAAUGAUUUUCAGAUUUUCAAUUUCAUUUAUUCAACCCCGCAGCUCUUUCAUCUGGUACCGUGCCCGCGUCAUAGAUUACCCAAAUUUGAUCAAAAAACUAACACCGUCGAUAUGAGUAUCGUCCAGUUCAAGGAAAGAGAUAUCGAAACGAAGGGUAAAGUGGUCAUUAAUGUCCUGGAUUUUAUCGGUUUAUUGUACAGAGAAACGUUCGAAAAAGAUGGUGAAAGGUACAUAGCAGUCAACAAUCUAACGCUCAUCAAUUUGGUUUUGAAAUUUACGGGUCCCAUGCACGAGGAGGGAUUGACGGUAACACUUCUCGGUAUACAGAUUUUAUCGUCAUUUUUUGCAUUUUUCAUUCGUUUUUAUGUAGCAUCUUUGAUGUAUGACAUCGUCCGGUAA